AUGUACCUAAUCACUGUGCUGGGGAACCUGCUCAUCAUCCUGGCCGUCAGCUCAGACUCCCACCUCCACACCCCCAUAUACUUCCUUCUCGCCAACCUGUCCUCUGUAGACAUCUGCUUCACCUCCACCACCAUCCCCAAGAUGCUAUGGAACAUCCAGACUCAGAGCAAUGUCAUAAGCUACGCAGGCUGCAUCACACAGAUUUAUUUUAUCAUACUCUUUGCUGGGUCAGAAAUCUUUCUCCUGAGUGUGAUGGCCUAUGACCGGUUUGUGGCCAUCUGCCACUCCCUGCACUACACAGUCAUCAUGAACCCCCAGCUCUGUGGACUGCUGGUUCUGGUGUCCUGGCUCUCUGUUGUCUCCUUGUUUUAUUGUACAUUGCUUGGUGUGUACCUUAGCGCUCCUGCUCCGCAGAUCCCCCAGUCAGGUACAGUGGUCUCUGUGAUGUACACGGUGGUCACGCCCAUGCUGAAACCCUUCAUCUAUACCCUGAGGAACAAAGACAUAAAGAGGGCUCUGAAGGGAAUCAUUGGGGCUCCAGUGAU